GUCGCCUGUGAUUUUGUUCCUCUAUUUUCUGGUCCAAUUGAAAACCAUUCUCUAGCUUUUGCCCGAUCCAUGUCUCUUCAGAGCAAUGUGUGGGCUAUUGCAGGGAAAUUGGUUUCAACCAUCGCUGGAGCUCUCCACUCUGUGCUCACCGUCGUCGUCUUCCUGCUUCUAGACCUUCUCGACGCUGUUUUCUGCUUAAUUUACAGGUUCGUCGACGAGUAUCUGGAAGGGAAAAGGAAAAAGCCAUGCUAUUGUGAAAAGCGAGACGGGAAUGGCAGAAAUAACGGCGAGAUUCAGCUGUCAGAGACGAUGUGGGGUAGAAGAAAUGUGUUCAGGCUAAUGGGUGCUCGUCUUCCGUCCAAAAGACUCAAACUUCAGCCGGUGGAUUGCAAGAAGUCGAGUGACGACUGCGGCACCGCCGCCGGAAGAUGGUCGGAUUGUCGGUGCGAGUCGUGUGUUUCUUGGACGAAGAACGGUGAUGGCCGGAAAUUGCAUGUGGUGGUUAGAGAGCCGUUCUCUUCAGCGGCUGGCUCUGGAGAAUCGAUUGAGAAUGUGAUAUUUGUACAUGGGUUCCUCGCUUCAUCCUCCUACUGGACUGAAACUGUAUUCCCCAAUCUCUCCAAAAAUCAGAACUACAGAAUGUUUGCAAUCGACCUUUUAGGUUUCGGUGAAAGUCCCAAGCCGAUGGAUUGUCUCUACACACUGCAAGACCACUUGGAGACAAUUGAAGACUCAGUUGUGAAGCCAUUUCAACUCACGUCCUUCCACAUCGUCGCCCAUUCAAUGGGCUGCAUUAUAGCCUUGGCCCUCGCGGCUAAGUACUCUGGAUAUGUGAAAUCCAUAACCCUCGUAGCGCCUCCUUACUUAGCGAGAUCGGAAGAAGAAGAGUCAAGUUUGAGAGCACUUGAGAAGAUCGCGAAGAAGAGACUCUGGCCGCCGCUGAUGUUUGGGGCGGCAUUGAUGUCGUGGUACGAGCACUUGGGCCGCUGCGUCUGCUUCCUGGUUUGCAGAAACCAUAGAGCGUGGGAGAAGUUGCUGAUGCUGCUCACGCGAAGCAGGAACGUACAUUUCAUGCUGCGAGACUUGACGAGGCACACCCAUCAUUCGGCGUGGCACACGAUGCACAAUGUGAUCUGUGGCGGGGCGAGAUGUAUGGAUGAGUUCUUGGAGAUGGUGUCGAGAUCCGGAGCGAAGGUGUUUGUGGUUCAUGGCGAUCAGGACCCUGUUGUUCCAUUGCAGUGCAGCGUAAACAUGAAGAGGAAGUUUUGGGACAAUGAUAAGCAACUGACGUUAGAUGUUGUGUGGAAUGCUGAUCAUACCUCUGUGAUUAUGGGGAGGGAGAAAGAGUUUACUCGAAGAUUAGAGCAUAUCUGGAAGGAGUCUUCUGGUUCCUGCCCUCCUUAUUCACUGCAACUGUAAUAAUACUGGUCAAUUGUUUGUUGAUGGACCGUUGGCUAUGUAUAAGUUCAUAGAGGAUGCAUUUUCCCAGCAUGUCAGCAAUCUGAAUUGGGCUAAAUAUGCAGGCAGGCUCAUUGUAAGCACAGGUUGGUACCGUCUCAUCACAAUUUUAGGGAUCUGGGUUGCCUGCAGUAGCAAAAUUAGGGAUCUGGGUGUGUCAGUCUGCAUUAAUAGAAGUCAUUGAGCAUAGCCUAACCAGGCAAUAUUGCAUAAGCAGUUUUGGCCAAGUGAAACUUGUAACGACGCCAAGUGACAAUGAUUAAUCUUCAAAUUAUUAGCUCUGAAAGGAAAGGAAUAGACGGAAGUUUGGAUGUAAGUAGGGCUGCAAAUGAGUCGAGCUGCUCAUGAGCGGCUUGGCGCUCGGCUCAGAAAAAUUUUGUUCGAAACUUAGCUCGUUUACUAAUAAGCUGAGUUGGAGCUUAGACUUCUGUAGAUCGCGGAGCUAGCGAGCUAGUUCGACUCGGUGGCUUGUUGAGCUCAACUCGUGAGCUAGCUCGUUUAUAGCUCAUGAGAUGUCUCAACUCGCAACAUUGUGGCUAGAGAGCCAACUCGAUUAUCUAAUUAUGAGCGAAUCGAUCUAUAUGAGUUUGAUUUUGAUAAUUCAUAGAAUUGUUAAAUUAUAUAUUUCACGCAUAUAUAAAGUUUAACACGUAGAUUAUGUGAGCAAAUAUGUCUUGUCUAAUUUUAAAAAGAAAUUAUGUAUCAUAAAUUGUUUCGAUGCUAUGAAAUAACAUAAUUUUCACCAGUUAAAAUUUCUUAACUAAAUAAUUUGAUACCACACAAAGUAUAACAUGAGAAUUGAGAUUAGUUAAUAUUGAACACUUAACUAUUUUUAUUUUUAUUUUUAUCUGGACAUUAAUCACAUGUAUCAUGUAUAACAUACAAAAUGAAUAUAUAAAAUACAAGUCAAAAUUUUAUUAAGCAAGCUAGCUCAAACUCGACUCGGCUCGUUAAUAAAUGAGCUGAGCUCGAGCUAAACUUAUUUAUUAAUGAGUCGAGCUCAAGCUGAAGGCCAAACAAACGUAUGUAUGUUGUGUGUGGUAGUUGGGAUUUUGGGGAAAUGACUAAUGAGAGUUGGUAGUCGAAAGAGGCCAUAAGCGGAGCUAGCUCUAUUGGGCAUUGUCCCGGUACAGGGGUAAGUUUUGUAACGUAAAAAAUACCACAUAUAUGAUUACAACUCAUUACUUCUUUAUAAAUUGACAUAAAACUAAUAUAUUAUAACAAACAAAAUCCAAAUUGGAAUAAAGACCUAAUCAUAUCUCUUUUUUCUUAUGCCUAAUCGACUUUUUGCACAUAAACCCUGAAGCAGUCCAGCCGCAGUGGCAAUUCACUAGUUUUGAUUCUACCCGUUGCAAUUGUAAGUGUAGAGAGAGUAUUUUUCAGCUUUGAACUAUGUUCAGAACAAACUUCUAAGUCGAAAUGACAACUAGUUUACUAAUGGUUGUUUAGUAUGAUACAAUGAAAUCGACUUUCUUGAGACAACAAAUGUACUUUCCGUUUCUUUCGGAAUAUGAAAACAAUGAUUGUCUUAGGUUUUUUUUUAUUUUAAUCAUCUGAAUAUCAUUAGUUUUGAUUAUAUUUAUUAUAUAUCUAUUAAUUAAAUAUUAAUAUAUUUAUAUUCUGAAAAGAGGACAGGGUAGUUUCAAAUCCUGCCUCCGCCACUGGAAGAGACCGGCCACCGGCGGAGAGUAGGGGUUUUGGAGGGCUUAGGAUACGGUCAGUAACCCUGUUUACUAACCAAUGAGUAACCAAAUCUCAACCAUUAGAUUUAAGUGGCCCCAGAAAAUUUAGAUCUAAGGGUGGAGAAUUUAAUGCAUUUUAUUUUCCCUAGUUUCUUAAUCUGCCCUUAUCUUCUUCGUUCUAACUCGAAUUUUUUUUUUUCACAGAUGGAACGAGUUCUUUGUGCUCUACAAAAUGAUAUCAAUUUUCAAUAUUUUAUGAGAAAUUUCUUUUUUCAUACCUCUCGUUAUCAACUCCAUACCAUAUGGUAACUUCUUUCGUUUUUAAGUCGUUUUUUAAAACGUUUUCUCAGAAGGAAUGAGUUCAUCAUGAUCUAUUUGGAUCUACAAAUUUCUAGGUGAAAAAAAUACAUGACUAAAAAUUACUAUACUUUACCACCCUGGUAUGUGGGUGGUAACUUAUGGUAAACAAUGAUGAAAAUCCUAAAUGACAGUUAGUAUACUCCUAAUAUCAUGUAUUUAACCUUCCUACAGUCUUGGUAUGUUCAUAUCAUCAUGGUACGCUUUCUUACCAUAUGAUUUGCUCCUAUUCAAUACCAUAUGAUAUUGACUUGUAAUAAAUUACUCACUUUUUUUUUGUUCUAAAAAUAUAUCAAAGUGGAUACCAUUUUAAAGAGUACAAUUAAUCGAGAGAAAAAUCGUCCGUUAAAGAUUGGAAGGGAAAAGAUAAAAGGCAUUCUAUGAGAGAGAGGGAUGUUGAUGUCACGCUGAUGUGGACAUGUUACUCAUGGUUACUUUCCCUAAGGUAACUGACCUAAUCCGCUCCCGGGGAUUAGUAUUUUGGGUUAAACGGGGAAGGAGGUUCGACGGGUUGUGAGGCUAACUCCAAUGGAGCCUUUAUAAAUGGGGGAGCCUCUAUAUUUGGGGGAAAGUUGGCUCCAAUGGAGCCUCUAUAAAUGGAGGAGUCUCUAUAUUUGGGGGAGAUCUCCAAAAGGAUCCCUAAAUUUAGGGGUGGAAAUGGGAGUUCCCCCAAAUAUAGAGACUCCCCAAAGCCCGCCACGUGGCGUUUCUUUUUCUUUUUAAGAGUUUAAGGGUUAAUUGGGGUUUAAUUAGAGGAUUAGUUAGUGCUUUAAUUAGAUCAAUAAUUUUCAAGUGUUGUGUGUAAACCCAAAUUAGGUCAUUAUUUUUUGUCAACAAAAAUUUGGUCUCAAAAUUAAAAAAAUUUCUACCGGAAAAUUUGUAUUUAAAAAUGAUGACGAACUAUACAAAAAUUAACAUGAACAAAUUAUAUUAAGGCUUCGAUAAGUACAUUUUUAAGUAAUUGGAAAACUUAAAAAAUGGAGAUCUCCAAAAAUAGAGGAUGUAGCAUUGGAGCAAAAGAAGGAAAAAUGGGGAUGAACCCCAAAUUUGGGGAUGAAGAUCUCCAAAUUUGGGGGCUUGAAUUGAAGUUGGUCUGAGAAUAUGAGUAUGGGCGGGUAUGCAUGAGCCGGGUAUAUCUAAAUCUAACUCCAACCCAUUGAACAGUGUCAUGAAUUUAAAUCCGAAUUCGGCCCGCAAUCCAUCAAUACAAGUUUUACUUGUUUUGAUAAGAUUGAGUCAGAUAGUAUACCCAUGGGUUCGAAUUUUAUUGUCAUCUCUAGUACAGGGAGCGAAUCAAGUGCAUAACCUUGUGGUCAAUAACCCCAUGCAUAUAACUCAAUCAGAAUCCGCCACAUCAGCGACCCUUAUCUCUAUAGGAAAGCCUUUAAUUUUCUCCCCUUAAUCUUUAAAGGACGAUUUCUCGCUCGUUUUAAGUCGGAAUUUAAUUUUUUUUUUUGCACAGUUAGAUCAGAUUAAUUGUACUUUUCAAAAUGAUAUCCACUAUUAUAUAUUUUGGAACAACAAAAUUUGAGCUAGUUAUUACCCGUCUAUACCAUAUGGUAUUAACUGUAGGGAUGGAAAUGGGCGGGUCGAGGACGGAUAGUGCAUAUAUGUUACCCUACCCAAAGUAGUUCGUGUUUUACCCAUACCCAUACCCACAUGAGAAACGGGUAGAAAAUCAAAACCACGCUCAUACUCGUUCGAGUUUCGGGUAUCCACGGUUAUCCAUGGGUAAUAAUUUCUCUUCAUAACUUCAACCAAUAUGUUAACAUUUACAUGUAUUCUCACGUUACAUAAGAGAAAAAUACGACAAUAAUUCACUAGAAUGAAGAAAAUUAAUUAAAACAACACAAUUUCUUGAAAAUUUAUAUUUAUAUGCUAAAUAUAAAAUAUGUUAGAGAAAAAUAAUGAUUAUUUCUAGUCAAAAUACAUAUGCAUGUGUAUAAUCGGGCGUGUUCGGGGUGGAUAGUGAGAAACCCAUGCCCACCCAUUGUCCACAUAUUCGGGUUCGGGUUUUACCUAUACCCACUAAAUGUUUGUUCCGGUUCGAAUUUUACCCUACUCGAUCAGGCCGGAUUUGGGCAGAUAUCCACGGUUACGAAUAUUUUUGUCAUCCCUAAUUGACUGGUAUUAAGUAAGAGCAUACCAUAUGGUAUGAAAAAUACCACCCUAGUAGUAUGGUAUGAAGUUAGUAAUGAGAGGCAUAAAAUUUUUUACCCAUCAAACUUUGAAAUCUAAUAGAUCAUGAUUAAAUCGUUUCUUAUAUGCAAAAAAUUCCGAAAACGACUAAAAACGAAGGAGAUACCAUAUGAUAUGGAGUUGGUAACGAGAGGUAUGAAAAAAAUUUCUAAAAAAAUAUUGAAAAUGGAUCUCAUUUUGUAGAACACAACGAACUCGUUCCAUCUAUGCAAAAAAAAAAAAUUUGAAAUCCGAGUUAGAAUGAAAAAUAUAUGAUCUAAUUAAGAAAAAUAGAAAAAUAAAAUAUAUUUAAUUUACAACCCUUAUAUCUACAGCGACUUAAAAAAUAAGAUUUCAAAUUUGAUUGCUCAUGUUAAACACACUAAAAUUAUGUAACUUAUCUUACACCGAUCUAACCUCCUCAUCAAAUCAUAAUCAGCAUCCUUUAUCACAUUCACAUCACGAAGUUUCUUAAUCCGUUUAUACGCUGAAAAGUUGGGAUGUAACAUCAAAACCAAACACUGAAAAGGCUGAUUCGGCAGUCGGAGCACUACUCACCAAACCGUGACCACUCAGCCCAAUCGUGCUAGAAAUAGGCACGUGACAAGUGAACUUCCCAGGCGUGAGUGUUUGUGGAUGGACUGUGGUGUUGUUGGUAGGUGUACCAGAAUUUCCUGAAAGCCCCGCCAAUUUUCUGCUUCUACCAAAAUCACUCCCAUCUUGUCUCAUGCCUCCUCCAAAUUUCUUCACCUACCAAGUUUUCAAAUAAAACACACAUAAUUAACUCACAAAACCCCAUCCCCGACCCCGAUUCUCUUUCAUUCGAGCCCCCAGUUUUGAUUCGAAUCCGGUUCUCAGUCUUUCCCUUGUUUUUUUCACCCACAGCUGAGACUGAGAGACGCCCCCAACCCCCUCGUAUAAAUUUGCUUGCCUUCAGCUGGGUGGCAAGUUGCCUGGGAAAACCGUGGGUUUUGGGGGAUCGCUCAACUAUCGCUAGGAUGGAUUUGGAAUUCCUGCGGACAGUUGACCCUCAGAUCCUCGUGGGAGUUGCAGUGGCUGUUGUCGCCAUUGCCAUUGGUGCUAUCUUCCUCUUCUCUUCCAGGAAACCUAGAGGUUUGGACUUCUGACAUCUCUGUUUUGCUUCCUCUUCUCGGCUGGGUUUACCUUUGUUGUUAUUUCUGAGAGAUGGGUUCUCACAAAGUUGCAAACUUUGUGACAAAUUAUGCAUGUUUUAGCUGCUUCUAAUUGUCUAGUUUGAGGCUGUGUGAUAAGGACUUGUUUCAAUGGGAAUAAUUGGGGAUUGGGUUCCAGAUGAUCUAGCUGAACUGUAGGAUGCACAAUAGUUUUGAUCGACUGUUCAAUGUUUAAUUGUCCGGUAACUUAAAAAUAAAUUUGUUUUACAGGUGUCUUAGACCCUGAGAACUUCAGGGACUUUAAACUCGUCAAGCGCACGCAGC